AACGUGUAAACAGGUUAGGUACUAAACUUCAGCUACGAGUUUUUUUUUACUUUGAAGUGAAUCAAGCAUGGCUUCUAGUACAAAACAAGUUAUUACCAAGCUUUUAGCAGGAAAGGUGAAAGGCGUUAAGGCGACUCUUCCCAAUGGAAAUGCUUACUACUGCUAUAAGGGUAUUCCGUAUGCCAAACCACCUGUAGGGGAGCUACGUUUUAAGCCACCGGUGCCACUUGAGAAUUUUGAAGAAGAUAUUCUGGACUGCAGCUACGAACGUAAUGCCUGUCCCAGUUUGGGUCCGUUUCCACCCUCCGUUGCAGAAGGUGAAGAUUGUCUACAUGUCAAUGUUUACACUUCACUGAGCCCUAAUCAAGUCGAUCAAACGAAACUGCUCCCGGUUAUGGUUUGGAUCUAUGGAGGUGCAUUCAAUUGUGGCAAUGGAGAUUCAUCUCUGUACGAACCUUCCUAUCUGGUUCAGGAAGGAGUUGUGGCAGUGACCUUCAACUAUCGCGUUGGACCGUUAGGAUUUUUGUGUCUACCAUCGGCGGGAAUUUAUGGAAACAUGGGAUUGAAAGACCAAAGAUUGAUCCUGAAGUGGGUUAAUGCAAAUAUUGCUAAGUUUGGAGGAGAUCCAAACAAUGUUACUAUAUUCGGUCAAAGCGCCGGUGGAGCUUCAGUGCAUCUGCAAUAUUUAUCAGAAGAAUCGAGGAAGUACUUCCAUCGUGCAAUCAGUCAAUCGGGAACGGCUUUCAACGUUUGGGUAGAACAACGUGAUUACGAAACGAAGGCUCGAAAACUAGCGAAACUGUUGGGAUGCACAGGAACAAGUGAUGCUGAUGUUUACCAAACUUUAAUGACCGCAUCAGCCCUAGAAAUUUGUGCUCAAGCUGGAGAAUGCAUGUCGAUGGAAGACGUUAGUCAGCUAAGACUGUUUGCAUUCACACCAGUUAUCGAAGUUGAGGACUCUAUCGAACCCUUUAUAACUGAACCAUAUCACACAUUACUAAAACAGCCGAAAACCGCGGAUAUUCCUAUAAUAUACGGUGUUACCAGUAAUGAAGCAUUGACUUUUGUCCUCCUUCUGCUGCCCUUAGUUGAAUUGUUCCUCGAUGGGACCGAUCCAAAAAUAUAUGUACCCCCGCAGCUACCAGUUCCGGACUCUUUACGAACCGAAGUUGGAGAAAUGGUUCAAAAUUUCUAUCUGAAAAAUCAAAAACCGUCCAAACAAAACAUUCAACCCUUACUGGAUUUCAUUUCAGACGUUAUGUUUGUAAUUCCGGCUUUUGUGGCCAGUGAACUUCAUGCACGGUAUCGAAAAAGAGUCCCACAAUAUUUCUUUCUCUCUUCUUUCGAGGGCACCCUCGAUUGGGAGGCGUUUCCGUAUCCGUUUCCGAACAAACCCGCUGGAGCCUGUCAUGGCGCUGAUUGUGAUUACAUAUUCCAACAUCGAUACCAAGCCGUUGACGAGGAUCAGGUGGAUGAUCGGGCAAGGAAGUUUCGAGCGACCGUUUGUCAAUUGUGGACGAAUUUCGCUAAAUAUGGGAAGCCAUUGCUAUCGGAUGAUGGCAGCUUGGCAUUUAUGUGGGAGCCUGUAGAACCACUGAAAUCGAAUGGAGAUGAAUUUCCAUUGCAGGCGUUGGAGUUAGGCGAUUCUAUACGGAUGGUUCAGCAGCCGAUGGGAGAACGAUUGAAAUUCUGGAAACAGUUGUUUACCAAGUAUGGGGGACAGUUUCUUGAGCAUCGGUCUCUUAUGUAAAAGCUUGUAAAUACUUAAUAUUUAGAAUAAAGGAAAACCAAAU